GAGAGACUCGACACCCCUUCCGCCGCAUGGAGCGCUUUGUGCAGCUCCACUUGUUCGAGAAGGCGCCCAGGUGUCUGCCGCCCUACACGGAGCUCGCGAAGCUGCGGGGCGAGCCUUUGGUGCGCGCCGUGCGCCGCGCGGCGCUCUUUCCGUGGCGGGACGCCCACUUCUGGCGCCAGGCCGCCCAGCGCGUGGCCGCGGAGGAGCAGUUGCAGGGCCGGGAGCUGGCGCAGGUCUGCCUGGCCUUCCAAAGGGUGGACUUCCCCAGCCGAGUGCUGUCCUCCUUCUGCCAGAGCCACGUCACCGAGAGCGCCCGCAGCCUGAACACCUUUGAGCUGGCCUCAGUGCUCAGCUACUUCUGCUCUGCCGGCGCAGGGUUGCCAGGUGCCGAGGACUUUGUGCGAGGAGUCGCAGAGGAGGCCUUGAACCCCUGGCGCGCCCGGGAGACGGUGCCGUGGUCCGCCUGGAAGACUUUGGUCACCGCCGCCGCGGAGGCCGACCUCGACCACCAGCAGCUCUUCGCGCACGCGGCGCCCAUCUUGGCGCGGAACGUGAAGUUCAUGAGCGCCAGAGACGCCGUGGACGUGUGCAGCGCCUUCGCGUCCUUCCGCUUCAAGCACCAGGGCCUCUGCAGCGAGCUGGAGGCCUUCGUGCCAUCCCUGGGCCUCUCUGGGCAAGAGGCCCAUGCGCUGCAGGACGCCUUUGAGCGCCUGGACUUUGAGGCGCCAAUGCUGCUGCGCCUGCGGCAGCUGAGGGGCGCGCCAGUCGGGGAGCGCCAGUCGGGGCAAAAGGGCAACCGCAAUCCCUCGCUUCUGACUCAGCUCAGAAUUCCAGAAGAGCUGCGCAAGAAAGAGGAUUAUGAGCUGCUUGACUGGGUUGCUGAGCCGGUGAACACCAUGAGCUGCCUGGUGAUGAUGAUGUUACCCAUGAUCUUCCUGGCCAUGCACCAGGCAACGCACGACGUGGUUGUCAUCGCUUGGAUGGAAGUGGCCAUAGCCAUUGGUAGCAUUCUUUUCCACGCAAGCUUGCGGUACCCCAUGCAGCUGGCGGACGAGAUCCCAAUGCUGUGGUAUGUGGCUGCCACGGCUUCCAGCUGCCUGCAGCGAGUGCGCGGCAUGGAGUGUCAAAGCUUUGCCUACGCCUGGGUGGCAGUGGUGACCUGUGUCAUCCUGGCGACAUCGCAGCACUCGCUGCUGCAUCAGAUCUUCCGUGGGCUGAUGACUUGCACCUUCAGCAGCUUCCUCGUGGUGAUAGGUUGGGGUGCUUCCGCGAUGGCCGCGCGCAUACGGGACAAGCGCGGCGCCGGCGACAGGGUCCUGCAAGCAGCGCUCUUGAUGUUUGCCGUCUCGGUGGUUGCUUGGCUGCUGGACAAUCACCAUUGUAGCUGGCUGCAGAACCUGCCCUUUGGGCUGCCAUAUCCUCAGCUGCACACCUGGUGGCACAUCUUCAUUGCUGGAACCUUGCACUGCUUGAGGAUUCUUUUGCACAUGGACUCCCAUCGACAUUCAGAUAAGCUGGAGCUGCGAUGGAUGGCUGGCUUUCCCGCUGUGUGCGCAUAG